GCGAGCGCGGUCGCCGCCGGCGCGUGGAAGCAACUCCGGUGAAUAAUUCUAGAGUUCCGGUGCCGGCCUUCGGAAAAGUUGCGAGAGUAGAGGUCCGUGCAGUCCGCUCGCGGCUUUAGUCCGGCGGACGCUAAACGUCGCCGGGUCGUCGCCGAGAAGCGAAGCGGCCCACGAGGUAUAACCGGCUUCGUUUGGGAGGAGAAGAUCCCGGUUGGCUGACGUUGUCCCUCCGAAAGGACGAUAGGUCGACGGUAAUCGCGAAUAAUCGAGAACGUCGCUCGCCGUUCACUCGCGAGAUUCAGGCGCCCUUUGAACGCCCUACGAACACUCGCCGCUCUGCGUCGAGGUGGAGACGGCGAGCAGCGAUCGACGUCUCGUUGAUCCAAUUAGUGGCAAAUUUUACGGAGCCGGUCUUCCCGACCGGAAGCCGAUAGGAGCCUCUCUCGUGUGGCUCGAAUAAUAUUAAUGAUGAGUCGUAGAGAUUGUCGAGAGCCCGUCUGCGACACGAACGCAGCGGACCAAGCGGCCCGACCUGAGGAAAAGUGGAUCAGAGGCACGGAUGCGUUACAAAUGCCCCACGAUUAAUACGAAUACUCGGCAGACGUCUCGACACAUCUCGGCGAGCAACGCCGUCGAAAAUCCCAUUUACCGUACGACUAAUGAUCGCGCGAUCAGGCGCGGCGGCACGAGACGAGUCCUGACGGUUAUCGGCCGACAUCCAACCUGCCCGGAGCAACACAAUGACACGCGCGUCUCACGCGCGAGCAGAUCCGCCGACGGGUGUCCGCGAAGCCGAGCGGUCGGCCAGGCGGCAGCCUCGGCUCUACGUCUGAGGUCCGAUUUGGCCACCCCCGAGGAUCCCCCCGAGCGAUCUAACCGGUCGUGAUGCGAAAUCGAUCGUGCUCGGGGGGAAAGAGGAGAGCAGGCUCGCAUCCGACUGGGCUUUCCCGACGAGAGGCGUCUCCGGAAACGGCAGAAUCCUUUUCGAGACGAUCAACGGCGAUCUCGGGGCAGCACGGGCGAUCGGGAUUCUCUCGAUCUUGGCGGGCGAUAACGGUCGAUAGUAGCACGCGCAACGCGUUAUUAUCGUCGAUCUCGAUCCAUUCCGGGAUCCGCUCUGGGCGAGCCUGACGGGGCAAUCGAGAGACAAAGAGCGGAAAGGCAGGGGGAAUAAUUAAUCUCAGUGGUGCUAAUUAGCCGCGACCCAAUGCAAUCUGUAAGCGGCGAGAAGACGCGAUUAGAAACGGCAUCGGCGGGCGGGACGACGCAAAGGAUAAUGCACAGGGUAGCGGUGAUGGCCGCGGUGCAGAAGGCCCAUCAUAACAGCAGCAACGCUUACGGGGAUGCGAGUAACGCCCCGCCGGAGCAUAACGGCUCCUCGUCGACCAGCAGGAGCGGCCGCUUCGACGCGGAUCUGCACGGCAAUGUUAACAUCCUUCUCGGUGGCGCCAUGAUCAGCGGUGUGAUCAUGAUGGUGGUGCUCAUAUGCUAUUGCUGCCACAAAAACGUCCGGAAGCAUCGACCGCAGGAAUAUUCGCAGUACUGGAGGGCCGAGCCGGACAUUCACAGUCUCGAAGUCUUCACCAUGGACACGCACUGCAUCGAGAGAUCGGCAACAUCUCAGCAUCAUCCGGAGGAGGGAGUGCUCGCGUCUCUUUCGCAAUGUCCCGUGACUUCGGGCCCGCCGCCGGCCUACGAAAGCCUCAUCUUCGACCCGCGGGCACUGCCCUCGCCGACCGACAAGAAGGACGAGUCUGACGAUCCCGGCAGCAUUAUCUCGCCCCCGAUAAGCAGCUUGCCCACCGAGUCGGAGGCCAACAGGAUCAACAAGCGGGAGGAUAUCCCGAGGGACGAUCAGGGUUUACCUUCUUACGAAGCCGCCCUAAAAUUAGAAGCUGACGGCUACGUUUAAGGGGGCGGAUAAGAGCCGCCGGAACUACUUCGAUCGCGGAUCUCCCGCCGUGAAAAUUUCCACGGCCAGAUAAAAUGUCAAGGAUACCACGGCGGGAUUCCAUAAUCGACGAGGUGACCGAGUCGGCUGUGGACGAUAGCUGAUGUCUAAUAUCACGAGAGCCUCUGCGAGAGAACGUCGUCGCCCGAAACGGCGCGUGGAGCCGAGAUUGAUUCUUAAUCGAGGAAGAAGAUGGAAGAGAUAGAGGAGCCGGGCAAAUUUUCCACGUAGAUUUGUGAACCAAAGACAAUGGUGCGACGAGAAAUUUCUCGCGAGUUUUUAACGAAUGUUAACCCUUAGACUGUCGGAAAAGCCACUUUUGUGGCUCAAAUCUCGCGAUUCUGCGUAUGUUAUUUCUAUACGUAAAUUUUUUGGGGAAAAAAAGAACGCUAUUCUAUUGAAAAAAUGCCGGCAGUCUGAAGGUUAAGAAGCUACUUUUCUCCGCGCUUGAAUUAAGAUGCGAGAUAACUUUAAUCAAAGAAACGAGAAGAGAGGAAGGAGUGUUUAAAUGAGAUUUAUUUUUGGAGUCAAUGUGAAAGAUAUAAGAAAAGAGAGGCAGACAUUGCGUUACGUUAAGGAUAUUCUAAAAAUUUGGGAAUAUAAUUUUUCUCUUGCCCUCGUUGAAAGAUUCCAAGUAAUUUUUAAUGCUGGAAUGAAAAGCGACAAAAGAUAAAGUGCCUGAACACACAGCGUUUUGUGAAGCGUGUGUAAACGGAAGACAAGAUGAAAGAAAAGCGAUGAGGCAAUUUUUCGAAAGUACGCGCGCUGUUUUUCUUUCUAUCUCGUCUUCGAGCAGAACGACGCGUAAAAUCUCCGAGAGCCUUUCGCCGACAGGACGUAAUAAGAAAAUUUUUGAGCGAUGCGAUACCGCGACUUUUAUAUUUUUCGACCAUUUCUCUACGAUCGAAUGCGUCGGUAGUGUUUUAAUAUAUAGGCGAGGGAACCCGCCGUAGAAAUACAUAGGUGUCGAAUGUAGAGUGCGCCGAAAUAUAGCGCGGAUUAAUGCGCGGUAUGUGAAAAAACGGUAAAAGAAUGUAAGCCGCUGGCGCUGAACAGAAAGACCUAAUUUCACAGGUAAUUACAUUUUAUAGAUGUUAAGGAGGAGAAUACUUAACGGCAUAUUUUUCCCGGUCGGUCAUUAGUUUAAGAGAGCAAAAGCGGACACACACGAACGUCUAGCGGGCACCGUUAGAUUACAGUUUCCGUUUGAAUAAACAAUGCGCGCGUAUCGCUGCAACGUAAACGAUACUUUCGCGUAAUGGGCGCACGACAUUCGCGGAAUUUAUGCGCGUUUCGCUAGGAAAAACGCUUGAAAACGUACCAUUUUACGUAGGACUUUACUCUGUACGAUAGAUGAAUAUGUAAAUAAAUAGCUGUGCAU